GGGAGACUGACGAUCUCAAGACUAGAGUACAAAACAGGAAGUAGGUAGGUUUAUAUACUAGCCAGAACCAAACACAACCAAACCCAGGCCACAGUGGCACAGAAACUCGGAAAAGUGUGGCCCAACUGUGGCACCCACCAGGAAAUAAUAGAAAAGGCAUGGAAAUGACAAAAGGUCAUGACAUUACCCCCCUCUUUAAGGUCAUCGUCCUGAUGAUCAGCGAGAGUGAGACAAUGUGCACAACUGAAAGGGGUGAAAGGGAAGAAAGGGGAGAAGAGACAAGGAGGACACAGCAAAAGCUGAGAAAUAAAGGGGAGCAAAAGCACUGGAAGGUCAUAAAAGGGCGUGAACAGUGUCGUAAGGGGCAUGAAGAACAUACAGCAAGAAUGAAAGAAAUCUGUCCAUAAAUGCUGAAGAUAUUCAUGAAAAGGGGGGAAGAAGGGUGAACGUCGUUGGGGAUAGCGCCGAGACAUAACCAGACAUCGUAGAAUAAAAGCGAGGGUAGGGGCGGGUAGGGGAUGGAUAAGGCUCGUGGGAAUCGAAGACCGCGUGGGAAACGAACCGCAAAUCACGGAGAUAAGGAAGGAAGAAGUUGGGGGAGGGAAGGAGGGGGGAGGAAGAAACAAGGGAGAAUAUCUCAAGAACGGAUGGACGGAUCUGGAUGCGGUUUGGGGUAGGUGUAGGUGUGUAUGGAAGGAGUAGGGAGAAAGAGACCGCAUGAGAAACGAACAGGUAGAUCCCGAGAUAUCAGCCCAUCUGUCCCAGCCCAGCCCUCUCCAACCCUCUGCACCAAAAUCCGAAUAUCUCCGUCAAUUCCCACACAAUCUCCACUAACCCGGACCUCUGGGGAAUCCUUGGAUCGCGCUCUACGCGAUGGUUUAAUCGGAUCGGGUAGAUAAGGGAUGGAUCAAAAAUGCGGAGGCGAAACUUGAUGAGGGGGAGGAGGAGGUGAAGUGAGGUGAAAGCUGUGGAAAUCCAAUGUGCUGGCAGAUCCAGGAAGCUAGAGUCGAGUGGAGGGUAAUGGAAGGUAGUGUGUGUGUCGUCUAACCUAUGGCUCCAGGCCAAGAUGGCACCAGGGAGGAGGAGAUAGCGGCAGCUGCCCAGAGGCAAGAGCUGGGGUGAUAGCUGAGGUGUAGGAGUGGAAGGAGGCGAAGUCAAGGCCAGGCAAUCGAUGGGAGUAUCAACUCAAGGCUCAAGACGAGCCAGAGGGUGUUGGAGGUAGUAGGGGUGAUGGUGAGAUACAACUGUUAACGGACAGAGGAAACCGGCAUGAAGAUGCGAGGGUGACCGGAAUAGAGAAGAAAGGGAAGACUAUUAGGGGAGUGAAUAGUGCUGGCCAAUCCGUAUCCCAGGAGCCACUAAUGUAGGCCCAAACAGAGUAGAGAGAUCGUCCAGGAGCAAGGGGAGUCUUGAGAUGAUAUCACAACCACACCAGAACAACCAUAUCCUACAAAGAGGGGUUGCUGGCAGGCGAUCUCUCACUCAGAAACACACACCAAGGGCGAGGAAAAGG